AUGAAUUUAGAUUCCAUUCAUCGGUUAAUUGAAGAAACACAAAUCUUCCAGAUGCAGCAGUCAUCAGUUAAACCACCGUGUGACCUGGGGGCACCUGCCUCAUCCCCCAGGGACACCUGUAGCUCCUGUUUGCCCCUUCAUGCGCUGCAAUCUCAUGCCGCUCACAACUCCCAUGCUCAUUCCUGCAACAUCAACGACUGGGGCAUUUGUGAAGAACUUCGCCUGCGGGAACUGGAGGAGGUCAAGUCCAGAGCCGCUCAGAUGGAGAAGACCAUGCGAUGGUGGUCAGACUGCACGGCCAACUGGAGAGAAAAGUGGAGUAAAGUUCGAGCUGAAAGGAACAGUGCCAGGGAGGAAGGAAGACAACUCAGAAUAAAACUAGAGAUGACCAUGAAGGAAUUGAGUGCCUUGAAAAAGAAGCAGAGUUUGUCACAUCAAAAAGAGGCCUUGGAAGCUAGAGUCACCCAGGACCGGAAGCUUCCUAGUUUCAUAGAAGUGUCUUAUGCACAGAGAGACCCCUUUCAAAUUGGUUCCAAAACGUGUGAGUCCAUCAGAGAGUGCUUGGGAAAGAGAGAAUAUCCUACCAAGGAGAACAUAAAUAGUAAGGAAGGUUUGAUUAUUGACCCAUUAAAAUUAAAUGAAGAGGUGAAACUCAAUCUAGAUUGUCCUGAUUUAUUCAAGAACAGUGGUUCUGAAAACCAUACAGUGAGACCUGGAUUAAGACUGCAGGCAAUAAAUCUGCCUUUGGAGAAUGGAGUUCCUGAAAUUUCAGCUUUGCAGGUGCAUUUGGAUGAGUUCCAAAAAAUCUUAUGGAAAGAAAGAGAAAUGCGCUUAUCUUUGGAAAAAGAAAUAGAACGGCUGGAGUCAGCUUUGUCUGUGUGGAAAUGGCAGUAUGAAGAACUGAAAGAAUCAAAGGCAAAAAGUCUGAAAGAGUUUGACAUUCUUCAUGGUCAACAUAAAAAUAAAAUGGAAGAAAUAUCAGGAGAUAUAAAGGAAGGAUCAAAAUCUAAAAAUAGCAGUGACAGAGUGAUCUAUGAGUUAAGAGCAGAGCUAGAGAGAUUGCAGGCUGAAAAUACAUCCGAGUGGGACAAGAGGGAGAUACUUGAAACAGAAAAACUAGGACUGGAGAGAGAAAAUAGAAGGCUAAAGUUCCAGGUGAAAGACAUGGAGGAGCUCCUGGAUAGGAAAAAUAGAUUAAUUGCAAACUCUCAAGGUCCUGAUUUCAAGAAAUCACAAAUUGAACUACAGGAAAAAAACAAGGAACUGUUGGACCUUCAACAUGCCUACCAUAAACUAAGCAGGCAGCACCAGGCUAAGAUGGCAGAAAUGACCCACGUCAACAACCUCAUGGAUCAAAAUGAGGCCGAAGUGAAGAAACUGAGAUUUCAAGUAGAAGAACUAAAAUGGGGACUCAACCAAAAAGAAAAUAAGCUUGAUGAUUUCCUGAAUCAGAUCCAUAAGCUCCAGAGAUCUUUGGAUGAACAGAAAGAAACAAAUGAAAACUUGGAACUUAAACUCAGGCACUUACAAAACUGGUAA